UUCAGGUAGGAAACAGAUGUGGCGCCUCCUUAGCAUGUAAACGUUUCUUUAAAAUUAUACUCAAUCGCAGAAAAUAUUUGCCGUCCCGAAGAAAAACUCCACAGGAAUCUUGAAGAACUCAUGACUCUCUUUUCUAUUUACAUCAUUUGUCUCGCUGCCUGUGUGGACUCCAUCAUUGCAGAUACUCACAUCAGAGUAUCUGCUAGAAUUGGUUCUACAGUUCUCCUGCCAUGUAAAAUGAGUAAAGUCUUCACCCAAACACCACUUGUUCGGUGGCGCACUGAAGAUGAGUUUGUGUUUGAGAGAAGCAUUGAUGGUACGAGUGCCGGUCCAGAAUAUGAAGGACGUGUGGACGUUCCUGUGGACGAGCUGCUCAAAGGAAACUGUUCCUUGGUGUUGAAGGAUGUGAGAAUCACUGAUGAUGAUGUCUACAAGUCGUUUGUGGUGGAACAUAUGGACAGCUCUAACCCUGAGAUAUGGCAUGAGAUCAACAGGGUUGAACUCUCUGUCGAUGUCUUUCAGAUCACAUCAGCUCAAGUGGGUUCCACAGUUGUCCUGCCUUGUGAGUGGAAAAAUCUGACCAUCCAAACACCUUAUGUGGAGUGGUACAUCGAUCAUGAGAUCGUGUUUGAGCGAAAGGGUAAAGAGUCAUUUCAGGGUGAAGGAUAUGAGGGACGUGUGGACGUUCCUGAGGAGGAGCUGCUUAAAGGAAACUGUUCCCUGGUGUUGAAGAACUUUAAUGCUACUGAUGCUGCUGUUUACAGAAGCGUCAUGAUUGUGAGCCACAAAAACAAGAAACUGGUCCAGAAAGUUAAACUCCUAGUUCAAGAAAACACUGAAGGGAGGAUAGAUGAAACUUCUGAUCACAGAAGUGAAGCUGCAAUAAAUUACUUGUUGAUCCUCAUCAUUUCCCUCCUUGUUUACUUGUUUUUCUCACCUUGAAGAAACAACAUUUUGAGACUCACACUGACUGAUAUAAAUGAACACUGGAUUUGAUUUUAAUUAUUUGCUGAACGGAUUCUAUGUAAAGCUCCAUGAAAACUUGUUUGCGUUAGCAAGCAGUUGAAUUUACAAAUGAUCUUGUCCUUCAAUCCUGGCACUAAAAUAUGAAAACAACCAAAUGAAAGCGUUUACUUCUCACCUUCCUCACAAUCCACUUAUUCACCCUCACAAACCUGCUUUCACUUGUUGGCCAGAGUGCUGCUUAAUUGAUUGAAUCCUGAUUGGUGCUGUUCUUGUUUUUCAAAUCCAUGUCCAGUUGUGAAACUGAGUGUAAUGUGAGAACAUGUAAUAUUAUUGUAAAGCAAUUUUCAACUUAAAUUGUAUGUGGUAAUAUUUGUAUUUUUUGCAUUUUUUAUUUUUAUAUAAAGCACAAAAAUAUAAACAGUAUAAAUGUUUGUUGUUCAU